AUAUCGAAUACGAUCGAAAUUCUACACUGCUCAUCUAGAAUUACGGCUUGGGUGUUGUGAGGGUGUUUUAUUCAUCUAUUUUCUUUCCUGACACGUGCAAGUUUUUAUUUCGAUAGAUUAGAAUAAUUCUGGAGAAUAAACAAUGACUGAUGAUAAAACAGAAUUUGAUUGGGGAAACGAGAAAUUACAACGUGCGCAGAAAACAGUGGAUGAAUCUCCUUACGAUUUAGAAGCAUGGAGCAUCCUCAUCAGAGAAGCACAAAACAGACCUAUUACAGAAGUAAGGCCAGUCUUUGAAAAACUUGUAACUGUGUUUCCUUCUGCGGGUCGAUAUUGGAAAAUUUAUAUAGAACAAGAGGGAAAAAAUGGCACAAGCCUACGAUUUUGCACUAGAUAAAAUUGGUAUGGAUAUACAUUCCUACAGUAUAUGGAAUGAUUAUGUUACAUUUCUCAAAAGCGUUGAAGCUGUUGGUUCAUAUGCUGAGAAUCAGAAAAUUAGUGCAGUGAGGAAGGUAUAUCAACGGGGUGUUGUUAAUCCUAUGAUAAAUAUGGAACAAUUAUGGAAAGAUUAUAUGGCAUUUGAGCAAAAUAUUAAUCCAAUAAUUGCAGAGAAAAUGGCUAUUGAACGUUCUAGGGAUUACAUGAAUGCAAGAAGAGUUGCUAAAGAAUUAGAAGCUGUAACAAGAGGAUUGAAUCGGAGUGCUCCUAGUGUACCACCAACAGGUCAUCCAGAAGAAGUUAAACAGGUUGAAUUGUGGAAGAAGUAUAUUGCAUGGGAACGUAGUAAUCCUUUAAGAACGGAAGAUACUUCUUUAGUUGCCCGCCGAGUAAUGUUUGCCAUAGAACAAUGUUUACUAUGUUUGGGCCAUCAUCCUGCGGUGUGGCAUCAAGCUGCACAUUUUUUAGAACUUAGUUCAAAAAUAUUAACAGAGAAAGGUGACGUAAAUGCUGCAAAAAAUUUAAGUGAUGAAGCUGCAACAAUGUUUGAAAGAGCAACAAGUACAUUGUUAUCCAAGAAUAUGUUAUUGUAUUUUGCACAUGCAGAUUUUGAAGAAGGACGAGUAAAAUAUGAAAAAGUUCAUCAAAUAUAUCAAAAGUUCCUUGACAUACCUGAUAUUGAUCCUACAUUAGCAUAUGUACAAUAUAUGAAAUUUGCGAGACGUGCUGAAGGUAUAAAAUCGGCUAGAACGGUGUUCAAAAGAGCUCGCGAAGACCCUAGAUGUAAACAUCAUGUAUAUGUUGCUGCUGCUUUAAUGGAAUAUUAUUGUACCAAGGAUAAAAAUAUUGCUUUUCGGAUAUUCGAAUUAGGUUUAAAAAAAUUUGGGGAUAAUCCUGACUAUAUACUUUGUUAUAUUGACUAUCUAUCGCAUUUGAACGAUCAAAGAAUUUGAAGGCAAAGAAACGGCACAAUUAGUAGAUAGAUAUAAAUUCUUGGAUUUGUAUCCAUGUACUCCAAUGGAAUUACGAUCUAUCGGAUAUAUGGAAGUGUCGAGUGUUGGAAGAAGUACAGCUGGUGCAUUACCGCGAAUACCAGAUCCAGAAGAAGCUAUAGCGUCAUUGCCAAGACCUGAUAUAUCGCAAAUGAUACCUUAUAAACCAAAAGUAAAUCCAUUACCUGGGGAGCAUCCAGUAUCAGGUGGUUCCUUUCCGUUACCACCGGCUGCAGCACAACUUUGUACAAUGCUACCACCACCUGGAUGUUUCAGAGGACCAUUUGUGGCUGUUGAUUUGCUCAUGGAUGUUUUCAACCGAAUACAGUUACCAGAUCAUGCUCCAUUACCAGUAGCGGAUAAUGGGUGCGAUACAAAAUUGUUCGAUCUAGCAAAAUCCGUUCAUUGGAUCGUUGAUGAAAGUAACGAUGGAGUUAGUAUUGGAUCCAAACGUAGAAGAACGCGUCUGGGAGGUGAUGAUAGCGAAGAAGAAGAUUUACCACCGCCACCGGCAAAUGACAUAUAUCGCCAAAGACAACAAAAACGAGUCAAUAUCUUUGAUCAAACAAAUGGUACCACUUCUCAAUCUGUCGCUACAACUAUGUACCAACUGUGUACAGUAGAAGCUGCGGAAUCUGGUGGAAUCUCUAUUACACAGGCAUAA